AUGACUACCCGGCGAACGUCUGGCAGAGCCCGCCCGGCCAAACGGUACACCAAUGACGCGUUCGAAGGUUUAGAGAUCGAUGAUGAAGCUGCCGACAGCGACAUGUUUGCCCACGAAGAUGACUCGGGCGGAGAUGACGAUUUUGACGAAGCAGCUGCAGCUGAUGAUGGACCCGACGUUGAAGACGACGUCUCCGAAGGCGCUGCCUCUGGCGAUGAUGAUGGGGGCUAUGGCGAAGACAUGCUGAGUGACGACGAGGUCAUCGGUCCAGAAAACGACCGUCCGGCUCGCAAGCCGAAAAGAAGAGGCGGAAGACCAGUCAAACCCGGCUUCAUGCAGCGGGCUGAGGCAUCGUCGUUCAAAACAGGCAGCUUCUGCUUGCUGGCCUCACGAGUUCACGAGCACAAAGAGUCUGAGGUCAAAGUUUCGUCCAGAGGUGUUCCUGAGAUGUACCACAACACCGGUAAGGAUACAAGGAUACUAAAUCUUUUCGGCCCAGCAAAAGAGGACGUCGUCCCAGCAACCACGGCCCGGGACAGAUGGCAUGAUGAACCCGUGCUACCAAGCCGACGCAUGAAUAAGCAUGGCGAAGGUGGAAUGGCUUUCAGUCCACUGUACACCAAGGCUGUGCGCGAACUCGAGGCAAGUAAAGGCUGGGAGUGGUACCAUGAAAGAGGAGGCGAGCAAGCAUUCCGAGCGAGGCAAGAGGUUAGAGUCAUCUCGGAGGAUGAGGCAGCUGUAUAUCUUCCCCAGACCGGUAAACCCGAUCAACCUGUGCUCCUGGGCCCAUUCAGAAACCAAAAGCUGUUCCACGUUGCGGGAGGAAAAGCAAUCAAUAUUGGACAAGCGUGGUCAAAAGACGCUGGCGUGGAGGCUGGAAAUUCUACUAAAGGGGCACCGGUCAGGCAAGCGUGGCUCUUCAACCUGGGCUACAAGGUUCAGUGUCUUGAGUGGGUUCCGUGGCGAGAAGGCUCACAAUACAUAUCGGCAGCAGCCCUCCAGCGAUCCAAGUCCUACAGAACGACUGAAAACUACGCAGCCCCAGGAUUUGCCCCUACGGACCCUACUCCAGCAUCCAUUCAUAUAUGGAGGAUCCAAUCGACGGAUGAUGGACGGUUAGAUUACGAUGUUGAUCCGAAGCUUGACAUUGUCUUGUGCACGGACUGGGGCAGCGUACGCAGCAUGAGGUGGUGUCCAAUGCCCCGAAGGAAGGAAGAAGAUGAGAAUGAAGUGCAUCUCGGACUUCUCGCAGGAGUCUGGGCGGAUGGACGAAUGAGAAUCUUGGAUGUUAGAUACCCCAAGUCUUCAGGAACUCAGCACGUCCGCAUAGAAACAGCAGCCAUCGACUCAAAGCCACCCGACUCCAUCUACACGAGCGUGACGUGGAUGUCAAGCAGCCAUCUCGCAUGCGGCUGCGCCAAUGGUAGCUUUGCCGUUUUCGAUAUUUCCGACUCCCUUCUUUCCUCUGAGCCGAGCGGACCCCAUGGCCCCCGGCCGAUACUUUAUCAAAACCUCCAUAGCAGCUACGUUCUCAGUAUCGCCGCGGCCUACCCGUCCAAUCCACAUUGCAUCGCAACAAGCAGCAUGGACGGCUUCCUCCGACUCGUUGACAUCCGCGCUCCGAACCAAGACACUGUUUUCUCCCAACGGUCUCGUACCGGAAGCGCACCACUAGCGUGGCACGACAUCUCACAGAGCUUCCUAACCUGCGAUGAGAACUACACGCUUCUCGCGCUCUCUCUCCGCCGGUUCCACGUCAAUAUGAGUGUUGGUCGGGCAAACAGCAACAUCCAACACAUUGCGGCAAGCCCAUUUCACCCAUUCACAAUCAUGGGGUGUGCAGACGGCAUGGUCAUAACCACCAAUCCCAUGCGCAAGGUACUGAUCGCCAAGGCGGAGAUGUGGCACCAGACGUGGUUCCUACACGAAUGGCGGCGCGCCAUGGGUCAAGAAGGAAUCAUCGAUGAGGCGUCGGCAAGUGCCGAUAGCCGCAGCGACUUGAAGAAGCCUCCGGACAACGUAGUCAAGGCGACGCCGAAAGGCGAGGUCAAACAUGCGGAGCCAAUGUGCAGGGUGGUUGACGGAUUCAAGGCAGAGGUGUACAAGCUCUGGGUGGAACAGGGGUUGCCGAAUCAGUACGAGGGCGUGGUGUACAACACAGUGUACGAAGAAGAGUCGGCGUCAACACAGGUUGCGUGGAAUCCGAACAUGAGGUGUGGAGGAUGGGCGGCGGCUGGAAUGGGGACGGGGUUGAUCAGGGUUGAGGAUUUGGCGCUCUGA